GAAAGGCUCGCGCUCCGUGUCUCGCGCUUUAAUAUGAGCGGGGAAACUCGUCCUCGCGCAUCACUUUAGUGACGUGGCUGUUGGGGGUAAUUUGAGAAGCACUGCGGUGUUUUAAUGCCACACUUCGCUUUUGUCCCUCUGUUCCGGUGUCUCUGUUUAAAGCCUUGCAGUCUGAUGUAAUUCUACUUAAGCAGUGGCUCCGACUCGCUACCUGAGACCGCAGGAGGGACCGACAGGAGAGAGUUGUGCUGAAGAGCAGCAGGCAGCAGGACCAGUGGAAUACUGCACAAGUUCAUCAGGAAUGGAUUAAACACAACCUGUUCUGUGCAUCAUCUGCCUGCUUCGAGUUGGUUACAGAUGGGUGUGGGAAUGUCGUGGCUGCUGUGGGUGUGGAUCAGUGUGACCGUCAUGUUGGUGUGUGAUGCCACCUUCUACAAGACCAUACACCAACACCUGGCACCACCUGGGACUAACAUCCAGAUCCUCGAAGGAGGGACAUGCGAGGUGAUUGCUGCACAUAGAUGCUGUAACAAAAACAAGAUCGAGGAACGAUCGCAGACAGUCAAGUGUUCCUGUUUACCUGGGAAAGUAGCAGGAACCACAAGGAAUAAGCCCUCCUGUGUGGACGCCUCUAUAGUGGUGGGGAAAUGGUGGUGUGAGAUGGAACCAUGUCUGGAGGGAGAAGAGUGCAAGACUUUGCCAGACAACUCGGGCUGGAUGUGCUACUCUGGGAACAAGAUCAAAACCACCAGGAACACUCAUCCCUAUACAUCAUUGUAGCAGCAGGAGCAGUUUAGUGCAAAACAAAGGAAUUCAGGAGAACAGGACAACAGUUAAAUAAACUAUUCCAAUGGAUGGAAGCCGGUGAACUUCAUGGUACAUUUCAGGCGGAUAUUUCAUUUCAAUUUUCUACACAGCAGCGCGACCAUCGGCUGAUUGAUGAAGUCCAUGGACGUUUUCUCAUUCAUGAUUUGAUUGUUGUUUCAGCUCAUUUAGGUUUGUGCUGUAAAUAUUUGGUAAUCUGAGACUUUACCCUGUUUGCCCAAAAUAUAGUCUUCAUUAAAGACAUUCCUGGUGA